UAGCGGCCGCUCUCACAUGGCGUAGGGGAACUGAAGAAAGGAAGCUGGGGGGGUUUCUCUGACCACUUGUUUCGCCGGCUCCAUUCAGUCCCGUUCCGAGAUGUUGCCGAGAGAGUAACGGACUUCACCUACAUGUCAUUUUGCCUUCUGUUUUGUGCGCGAGCCACCCAUCGAUGCCGCCCAUAACUUGAAUAUUAUAUCUUCUUCAUCGGGACCAAGCACGGUGUCAGGAAUGCCACCAGUCCUCCUGCUCGCUGGGUUGAUUCUGGCUCUGUCCUUCCCUGGCACCACGUCUGAGUCGGCCACGCUGCGGUUUCUUGGACAGACUGACUUUGUUGUGAACGAGAGCAGCACAGCUGUGGUCCGCCUGGUCGUGGAGAGAGUGGGAGACCCAGUCAAUGUCACAGCGUUGGUUCUGCUCGAGGGAGUUGACACGGGAGACUUUGAGGCUGUCAACGCUGCAGCCUUCCUGCUCUCCACCGAGUCCAGCAAAACUAUAUUCAUCGCUGUGAAAGACGAUGACCUGCCUGAAGCCGACGAGACCUUUACCUUUAACCUCACACUCCAGAGCUCCUCCAAUGGUGUCAAAGUGGGAACACCCAACAAGGCCACAAUUACCAUCCUGUCGAAUGACAACGCCUUCGGAAUCAUUGCCUUUAAUUCAACUGAAGAAAUUGUUGUUGCUGAACCAAGAGGAAGGAGCCAGUAUGUGCCUCUCACCCUGAUCAGAGAAAAGGGAACUUAUGGGACUGUAACUGUGAAGUAUGAGAUAUUUGGAGGUCCAAACCCUGCGAUUGAAGAUCUCACUCCAGACAGAGGGAACAUCACUAUUGCUGUUGGACAAGCAGAAGCUCUCUUCAGUGUUGCCAUCCGCGAUGACAAGAUUCCAGAAGAUGAUGAGGUGUUUACCAUCAGACUAGCCAGUGUGGAAGGCGGAGCACUCUUAAGGCCGAACGCCAGCAGUGUCCAGCUGAGAAUCAAGCGAAAUGACAGCCCAGUCAGAUUCUCCCACUCCGUCAUGGUGGUGCCGGAGUCUGCCGGAGUCAUCAUCCUCAAUCUCACCAGAGGCCAAUUGGCUGAAGACAGGCCGUUCAUCGGAUCCUUUGACACAGAGGUCACGGUGGAUUACAAGGUUGUAAGCAAUGAGGGUCUCGGCAGCGCAACACCCUCUCUGGACUUCCUCGACCUGCAGCCAGUCCGGACCGUCACGUUUCCUCCAUUUACCUUCAAGAGAAGCCUCAUGUUUAACAUCAGUGAUGAUGCGGAGCCAGAAAUCGCAGAGUCCUUUCAUGUCGUCUUGCUGGAAGAGUCCAUCACAGGAGACGCUGUUCUUGUUUCACCUAAUUCGGUGCUUGUAACCAUUGAGCCCAACGACAAGCCUCAUGGGGUUCUGUCCAUAGGCAGCGGCGCUGCAAGUCUGCCCAUCACGAUCAAUGAAGACUCCACGCAGAGGUUCAGCGGGCUCGUCAUCGUACGAAACGGAGGCAGUUACGGCGAAGUGUCGGCGAACUGGUCCAUCAGCAGAAACUCCAGCGACCCGUCCCCCGUGUCUGAGGACCUGACACCUUUGUCCGGAACCGUGACCUUCACAGCUGGUCAGGUUACUGCUGCGAUCCCCAUCAAUAUUGUGGAAGAUCAUCUCCCAGAAGAGGCGGAGGCCUUUGUUCUGAAGCUGCUCCCUGAGACCGUCACAGGGAAUGCUGAGGUGGACGAGCCCAUGGAGAUGGUGUUCUACAUACAAGACAGCGAUGAUGUCUAUGGAAUAUUUCAGUUCGACCCUGCCAGAGAGCAAAGCGUCCAAAGCCAACCCGAAGGCCGUUUCCUCUCACUACACUUCCUGCGAGACGGUGGCACGAUGGGCGACGUGUCGAUGACUCUCACGGCCCUCUACAUCCCCGCCGGCCCAAUAGAUCCGAAAUUGGCCCGCGACUCCAUUUUGAAUGUCAGCGGGUCCAUUAACGUCGUUUUUUCCAGGGAAAGACGUCUGCAGGUCACACUACCGAUCAGGAGCGACGCCUUUCUGCAGAACGGAGCUCAUUUCUUCAUUCAGUUAAAUGCGUUGGACCUGGUUGAUAUCAGCCCGCCAAUUCCCUCAAACAGCCCGAAAUUCAGCGGUCCAGUGAACCUCACCUUGACCGUCACCCCUGAUAUUGCCAAUGGGGAAAUUGGUUUCACCAGCAACAGCACUGUUGUGGUGUCUGAGCCAGAGGAGAGCAACUUUACGAUGGUGACCCUCCCGCUGAGGCGCGAUGGCACCGACGGUCAGGCUCUGGUGUUCUGGAGCCUUAAACCAGUCAAUAAGAACCAGCAGGAUGUAACUGCGAGUGACCUGGAACCCUUCAGUGGUUCUGUUGUGUUCCUCUCUGGACAAAGUGAUGCCUUCAUCAACCUCACCGUCAUGGCUGACAACAUUCCUGAAAUCAACGAGACUGUACUGCUCACUUUGGACAGGAGCAACGUGGAGAACCAGAUCCUGAAAGCUGGAUUCACCAGCAGAGAGAUCGUCAUCUUGGAAAACGAUGACCCGGGAGGGGUGUUCGAGUUCUCUCCUCUCUCCAGAGGGCCAUGGGUUGUCAACGAGGGGGAGGCUGUGGAGCUGCAUGUGGUCAGAGCCCAGGGACAGCUGCUGAAGCAGCUGGUACGUUACGCCGUCGUGCCCAUGGGAAACACGGAAUUCUACGGCGCUACCGGCAUUUUGGAGUUCAAACCAGGAGAGAAGGAGGUGGUGGUGGCUCUGGUGGCGAGGCCAGAUGGAGAGCCAGAGCUGGACGAGACUUUCUCUGUGGAACUUAGCAGCCACAGCACUCCACCCAGUCGCCUUGGCAACCACAGGAAGGUCAAUAUCACUGUGCGCAGAAAUGACGACCCUUUUGGGGUGGUUGAAUUCAGCCCGUCUGGACUCAUAAGAGCCAUCGAGGAAAGCAAAGGAAGCCAGACUCACCAAGCCACAUACUCAGUUGUGAGGAAUAGAGGGAACUUCGGAGAGGUGUCCGUUUCUUGGCUCCUGGAGCCGGCGAUGUCUACAGAUGUUAUUCCUCUUCAGGGGAGCAUUACAUUCCUCGAGGGGGAGUCACAGAAAAACCUCACCAUAUUCUCCGUCCCUGAUGAGAUUCCAGAGGCUUUGGAAAAUUUCACAAUCCGGCUCGUUGAUUCAGUAGGGGGCGCUAGAUUGGGAAACAGAGUCAGCGCCAGUUUGCUGAUAAACAAAAACGACGACCCUAUAUACUUUUCUGAACCUGUGCUUGUGCGGGUGGAGGAAGGCGGCGUGGCCAACUUCACUGUUCUCAGGGCGGGGCCGGUCGACGUGGUGGCGUCGGUGAUGUAUUAUGUGGAAUAUGGGGACACAUCACAAGGUGACCUGAAACUGCUGAGCAACGACACAACACUGGUUUUCGAUGUCGGUGAAUGGAUGAAGAACAUCUCUGUGGCUGUGGAAGAUGACGACAUUCCAGAGACGGACGAACUGUUCUACAUUGUGCUGAACAACGCCACAGGCAAUGCUGUCGUCUACGGGGCUGGCACGGCUACUGUGGUGAUCGAGGCUAAUGACGAUGCUAAUGGCAUUUUCUCCCUGGAGACAGUAGAAAGAAGUGUGGCUGAAGGCACCUCCAAUUCCUUCAACGUGCUGCGGGCCAGGGGUCAUUUUGGAAAUGUGACGGUGUUUUGGCAGCUGUAUGCCAAUGAUUCGGUGACUCCCUUAGAAGACCAUGAGGAGUUUGCCAACACCUCCGGAUCCAUCACCUUCACAACAGGGGAGGAGUCCAAAGCCAUUGUCCUGGAGGCCAUCUCAGACAAACUUCCAGAGUUUAUCGAGUUCUUUGUCCUGAAACUCGUGAAUAUAUCAGGCGGUCACCCAGGUGGAGGUGGUCGACUAGCUGAGACGCCUUUGACUACGUCACUCGACAUUCCGUUCAAUGAUGACCCAUUUGGAGUCUUUGCCAUCAACGGCAGCGACCUGGACCAAGAGGUGGCGGAAGACGUGCUUUCUGAAGACGAUCUGGACGACGUCACCUCCUUCACCAUUCUCAGGCAGCAGGGGACGUUCGGCAGCGUGCGUGUCGCUUGGGAAAUCGUUUCUAGCCGCUUCCCUCGAGGUCUUCCUCAGAUGGACGACCUGCUGCUCUUAGCUUCAUUCCCUCCUGAGGUGGAACUCAGGCCUCAUGCUCGACGACACCAUUCAGCGACGGACGCAUGGUUCUUCUCUGGAAGUCCAAAGGCUUACGGAACCAUCCCAUCUGAAGAAAGUCCACCAGCUCUCGGGAACUUCACUUUCUCUGCGUGGUUAAUCCCUCAGCCCAACACCGAUGGCUUCAUUUUCUCCAAAGGAGUCGGCAACGAGACCUUGUAUUAUGGAGUGAAGGUCAACAUCAAUGAGUCCCACGUCACCGUGAUGCUGUACUAUACGGUCCCAGGAUCAAAUACGACCCAAGUUGCACGCACCAGUGUGGCCAAGUUUUUGGAGGAGAAUACGUGGCUGCAUUUGCUCAUCACUGUGGACGAUGGAAUAGUUGAGUUCUUCCUCGAUGGGAGCCCAGUUUCGGGAGGAAUGAGGAGCAUCAAAGGAGAGCGCAUUCUUGAUGGUCCGGGCCAAGUGUUUAUUGGGUCCGAUCCAGCCGGUGAACAGCGCUUCACCGGGCUUCUUCAAGACGUUCGCCUGUACAGGUCGAAGCUGAACCGCAGCCACAUCCAUGAGCUUCACGCUCAGCCGGCCAAGAUCGAUCUGAGGAACGUCUCGGGUUACCUGCGGUACCGGCAGGCCGAGCGGCAGAAGUCGUUCAUCGUGGAGGUCAGGGAUGAUAGCGCGGAGGAGGGGGAGGAGAUCUUUUAUCUUCAGCUGGUUGCAGUUCAAGGAGGAGCCCGUCUGCCUCUUCCCAGACCCACUGCUGUGUUGCGAGUCAUGAAGAGCGACAAUGCCAAUGGGCUUUUUGGCUUCACCGGUGCCUGUAUCCCUGAUACCACCGAGGAGGGCUCCAUCGUUUCCUGUGUGAUCGAGCGUCUACGAGGCUCCCUGGACUCCGUUCAUGUCAACUACUCGGUGGCCCAACUGGACAAUGUGGUGCCUGCAUAUGAAGAUUUCGCGAACGCCACGGGAGCUGUGCUUUUCAUGCCCGGCCAGCGCUCGGAGGUUCUUAACCUCUUGGUAUUGGAUGACAGCCUUCCAGAACUGAGCGAAUCAUUUGAGGUAUUGGUUUCGGCGGAAUCCGGCGAUGGUAAACCAGGCUCAACCCCGACCAGCGGAGCCAGCAUCAGCCCAGAUGCUGCCGUCAACAUUGUUACUGUCACAGCAAGUGACCACCCUUAUGGCCUGUUGCAGUUCCAGCCCAGACCUCCACCAGACGGACUGAUCCCGCCUGCAUCAGAACCUGCUCACAUCACAGUCAAGGAGGAAGAUGGAGAAAUCCACCUGCCUGUCGUGCGGGCCCAGGGCCUUUUGGGUCGGGUCAUGGUGGGAUACAGGACCACCCCUUUUACAGCAUCCAGCCCUGAAGACUAUGAGGACUCUGAGGGCAUGUUAGACUUUCUCCCCGGGGAGAGAUUGAAGUAUAUUUCAGUCAACAUCGUGGACAAUCCUGUCCCCGAGCUGGACAAAAUCUUUAGAGUGGAGCUUUACAAUGCAGAUGGAGGAGUGGAUCAGCUCCUUCAUGGUGAAGGAAGCAGUAGUGGGGAGAGUGAGUCUGACUUCCUUGUGCCGUCUUAUCGCCAUCAUGCCAGCCUGGGGGUCGCAUCUCACCUGACUGUGACCAUUGCCGCCUCUGAUGACGCUCACGGAGUGUUCCAAUUUAGCCCCAAAUCUCUCUUUGUUAACGGGACAGAACCCGAGGAUGGAAACAGUGCUGUACUUCUCCAGGUGGAGCGGUCCUUCGGCGACCUCUCCACUGUUACUGUAUUCUGGGAGUGUGACCCUCAGUCAGAAAGUGAGCUCAUCACUCGGCGCGGGAACAUCACCUUCGCUGUGGGACAGACCUCAGAGAACAUCAUCAUCGAUGUGGACCAGGACGAGAUUCCUGAGUUGGACGAGACGUUCACUGUCUCGCUAGUGAACGUGUCAGACGGACGUCUGGGUGUCCAGACUUCAGCGACUCUCACCGUGCUCGCCAACGAUGAUCCUUAUGGGGUUUUUGUUUUUUCAAACGUCUCGAGACACGUCCGCCUGCCCGAAGCAGACACCACUGUCACGCUCUCUGUCCGACGGCUGAGAGGUCAGAUGGGACAGGCCCGGGUUACGUAUGUGACCCUGGAAGAGAGAGAUCCACCGCCUUACAUUACUCACGGAGUUGGUCGCGCCACUGAAGGCCGCGACUUCGUUCCUGUUCAGGAAUCAGUUGAGUUUCUGCCCAACCAGAGUGAAGCGAACAUUACCAUCACUGUGCUCGACGACGAGGAUCCGGAGAGAGAUGAAUCUGUCUUUGUCAAGUUAGUCAGUGUUGAGCUCAUUACGGGAGGCCAAGAGAGGCCAAUUCCUAACUCCCCAUCGCUCGGUCCGAAGAUGGACACCGUCGCCCAGGUGAUCGUAGAAGCCAGUGACGCCGCCUUCGGUGUCCUGCAGCUGUCAGCGUCUGCCGUCAGUGUGGCAGAGGACUACGUUGGGCCCAUCAUAAAUGUCACACGGGUCGGAGGGAUUUUUGCAGACGUGUCUGUCAAGUUCAUCGCGGUGCCUUUGACCGCCAGAGUCAGUGAAGACUACAGUGUGGCCUCCACGGACGUGGUCCUACUUGAGGGCGAGUCAAGUAAAUCUGUGCCCAUCUAUGUCAUCAACGACAUGGUCCCGGAGCUGGAGGAGACGUUCCUAAUUCAGCUGAUAAACCAAACCACUGGGGGCGCCCUCCUGGGGGAACUAACACGUGCCAUUAUCACCAUACUGCCUUCCGAUAACCCUUUUGGUGCCUUUGUUGUCCAGGCGCUCCCUGCUACCAUAGAGGAGCCAGAAGCAAGUCCAGUGGAGGUUGCCGUUCCAAUAGUUCGAAAUGCUGGUACAAUUGGAACAGUUGCCGUGCAAUGGCAGGCCACUGUGGACGGCAAGCUCGCAGUAGGGGACAUCAGGCCUUCCUCGGGGGAGGUGAGGUUUGCCCCCGGGGAGACCAUGAAGACCCUCAAAUUACAGCUGUUAGCUGAUGAUGUUCCUGAGAUCACAGAGACGAUCAGAGUGGAGCUCACUGGUGCCAGCAAUGGAGGAAACCUGGGCGCUGAUACCUCCAUCGACAUAAUAGUGCCUGCCAAUGACAACCCUCAUGGAACUGUCUACUUUGAGCAGCCCGUUUACCGCAUUCAGGAGCCUUUGGAGGGGGUUUAUCAGGCGAACAUCACGGUGCGCAGAAGUGGGGGCCACUUUGGGGGGUUAGAGAUUCUGUACAGCACCUCUGAGAUUGAUGUGGUGGGAGCAGCUCAGGCCAGGGGCCAGAACCUUCUCCACUAUUUUGAGUCUGGGAGAUCUGGAGCCCCAUCGAGUCCGCCGCAUCAGACAGUGGACAUCACAGGUCAGAAGGACCCCGUGACCUUUUGUGCUGCUGCCUGUCUGAGAGAACAGGGCUGCCGAGCGUUCAGUCUCUCGACAGACUCAAACUCACCGUCGUGCUCUUGGGUCACGUCAGGGGCCGACCAGUUGGCCCCAGAAUCACAGCUUGUGACUUAUCUUAAGAAUGUCACGGCAGCCGCGGCCCUGUUUGGCGCCCAGGCCACUGCUGAGAGCGACUACAUCCCUGUGAGCGCUCAACGUACCUUCAUGGAAGAUGGCGCCGGGAGUGCCAACCUCACUGUUCCGAUUCUGACUGACAAGCUCCCUGAAAUGGAUGAAAGCUUUUCUAUUCACAUUUUGAAGGUGGAGCUGAUGAAUCUGACUGUGGAGGAGAGGAACCUGCCCACCGUUGGCAAGCCAGACAGUGCAAUCGUGACCAUAGGAAUGAAUGGCGAUGCGUUUGGUGUUUUUUUAAUCUACAGCCUUGAUCCUAAUGCUGCUGAGGACGGGCACUAUCUCGAGGUGAGAGAAGAACCUUUGGCUCUGCCUCUGGUGAUUGAAAGACGAGGGGGAAACAUGGGCAGAGUCACCGUGGAGUGGAGUUUUGUUGGAGGAGAAGCCUCCCCGGAUUCUGACUUCACAGGCACUGGUGGAGUUCUGGUUUUCGAUGGGGACCUCAAGAAGACAAUUGAGAUUGUCAUCAAAGAUGAUGCAGAACCAGAGGACAAGGAGAGCAUCGUGGUCGCGCUGGUAAACACAGAGGGAGGAAGCCGAAUUCUGCCCAGCUCUGACAGCGUUCAGAUUGUGGUCCUGGCUAAUGACAAUGUGGCAGGCAUCGUUGGGUUCCAUCCAGCGUCGCGGUCAGUCAUUGCCAGAGAGGGAGAAGUCAUCUCCUUGUUGGUCACGAGGACAUCGCCAGGCUUAGGGAAUGUGACCGUGGACUGGAUGGUAGAAGGACCACAAGUGGAGCGCACCUUUAUCCAGACCUCAGGAAGAAUACUGUUUACAGAGAAAGAGCUCAACAAGACCAUCGAUCUGCAGCUCCUGGAUGGUGCGACCCCAGAUGACCAGGAUGAAUACCAAGUGACCCUGGCUAAUGUGCAAACCUUUGGUGUUGCUGAUACGGGACACGCUGCAAUCGACGCUCCAGCCUCUCGCGCUCUUCUCACUGUGGACACAAGUGACGCGCCAUAUGGGAUGCUGGCCAUUCCUCCUGCGUCCCAACAUGUGUCAACAGAGGAGCGCGACCAAAUCGUGAACAUCUAUGUCAACAGAGAAUUUGGAAGCUCAGGGACUGUUAACAUUACCUAUGAGGUCACCGAGGGUUCCCUGCAGGACCUGUCCCAAGUGGAGGGCGCGCUCGCUGACCCGGGACACGACUUUGUGUCUCUUACUGGGUCUGUGAUUCUACAGGACGGACAGACCUCAGUAGCCAUCCCUGUAACAAUACUGGAGGAUGAACUUCCAGAGUUGGAUGAGUACUUCCUUGUCAACAUAACAUCUGCAGCGCUAAUAACAACAGUUAGCACGGCUCCCCAACUAGACACUGCAGGGCUGGUGGCAGAGGUGAGGAUCAUCGCGAAUGACGGCGUCAGAGGAGUCAUUGAAUGGACCAACACCAUGUACGAAGUGAAUGAAACUAUCGGGGUGCUGACUCUGGUGGCCUUCAGGAACAAGGGCACGUAUGGAAACGUCUCCCUUUUCUACCACGUUCAGAACCUGGAAGCUCAGCAAGGCUUGGACUACAACACCAGCCAGACGACGCUGUACUUUGUUGAUGGAGAAAAGCACAAGUUUGUGGAAGUGCAAAUCAUCGACGACGCCGUCCCAGAGGGUGAAGAGCGGUUCCAGCUGAUCCUGUCCGAGCCCUCACCUGGACUGGAGCUGGGCAUUAAUACGACUGCCACGGUGACGAUUCUGGACAGUGAUGACGGACAUGGUGUUUUGUCCUUCAACUCCAGCGAGCCUUUCUUACUGAAAGAGCCGACAUCCAUGUCGGGGUUACGCGAGAGUGUUGCGACUCUCUAUGUGGUUCGUAAUCCUGCAGAAGGCACCUUCGGCACUGUCACAGUUCAGUUCACCAUCAGGGAUGAAAACGGCAGCCUAGCGGACGCCGAUCUGAUGCCCUCUCAAGGGUUUGUUGUCCUGGAAGAGGGCGUCAGAUUUAAGAUGCUGGAGAUUUGGGCAGUUCUGGAUGCUGAACCUGAAGGGAACGAGACCUUCACGGUGACUCUGUCCAGCCCGACCGGAGGGGCCCGACUGGGGGACCAACUCCUCACUGUUAUCACCGUCCUGGAGAACCUCGCUCCCUCUGGACUGUUCCGUAUAGGACCAACCCUCAACAGAACGAACACGGAGGUGGUGGCUGGGGAGGGCAGCGGACCGGUGUUUCUCACCGUGUCUCGCAGUAACGGCCUGGAGUCCACAGUCAGCGUGGAGUGGGAGACGGUGUCUGACACGGCUGCUGCUUCAGAGGGUCACGUUCCUGUCCUGGCUUUGUACCAGAGCUUCGAGGACAGCCCCACCUCAGCCUGGUGCUCCCUGCCCGGGCGUCUCUCAGAGUUUGCCGUGAGGCUGGAUAAGAUCCCCAGCAUCGGGUCGUCCUUCACCUUAGCCACUCUCUAUAGGUGGCAGGGGAUAUUUGUGCCAGUACAGUCUUUUAGGAUCCAGGACCCACGUUCUUGUGUUGCUCUAGCAGUCAACAACACAAACUUACUAGCCAUCACACACGGUGGGCCUCCUACGUCACCUGCCGCCAACCUCAGCAUCUUUAAAGUGCACCCCGACCUUAAUGUCACAAUGGAACAAACCUUGGCUGUGGAAGCCUCGAGUGUGAAGCACCUCACGACAGAUGGUGGAGAUUAUUUGAUCGCAUCAAGCCAGAUCUUUGUUUGGACGGGAAGGGCCUUCACACUCCACCAGACUCUGGACUUUGAGGAGCAACUCAUCAGCGCCGCUCCAUUCACUCAUGCUUCGGCGUCUUACUUAGCCGUAUGUCUGGACCGAGAGUCGUCCAGCUGCCUCCUGCUUCGCCUUGCUGCCGGACGAUUUGAGAAGCCAGAGCCUCUUCCUUUCACAGGAAGGAUCAGUCAGGUGGAGACGGUUCAUCCAGCAGAAGGGGAGACACUCCUCUUGGGAAUCAGUGAAGAUCAAUCUUGCGUGGUGCUGCAGUGGCUGACGGGGCAGCCUUCACCUCAGACCUAUCAAGUCAUCCCUCAGCCAGGUCUCACCUCGGCGCAUCCUUUUGUUGCCCCAUCUGGAAUCACGUACCUGGUUCUUGCUGGUGGAAACGGUUCUUCUCUCUACUCAUGGAGGAGUGACGUCGAUUUGUUCACCCUGAUUCUGAGGGCCCCGCCAGCUUUUAGCUUCCUCUCCCUUGUGGUGGCAAACCUUAACCACACCAAGACCCUCCUAGCUUCCACCGAAGAAAGCAGCUCCAGAAUCUAUGAGCUGUCAUCUGUCUCCAAUCACUCCGACUUCAUACCCAGUUUUGGCAGGUUGCUGUUUUUGCCAGGCGACAGCGAAAUGCAGAUCGCAGUGAGCAUCAUAAACGACGAGGAGCCUGAGAUGCAGGAGCACUUUCAGGUCCGUCUGAGGAACCCGAAGGGCGGGGCGGAGAUUGGAUUUGGCGGUCAGGUCACUGUCACUGUGCCAACAAAUGAUGGUGCCCACGGAGUCGUCGGCUUUGCUCAGGAGUCUUUGUUGAUGGAGGUGGAAGAGUUGGAGCAAAAUAAUCAGGUUCGUCUCCACGUGGAGAGAAGGAGAGGGACUUUUGGCAGACUGACGGUCCACUGGUCUGCCAACGGGAGUUUGGCAGACAUCUACCCCACCUCAGGAGUGGUCACGUUUUCCGAAGGCCAGUCCCUGGCCCUCAUUUCACUCACCAUCUUAGCUGACGGCCUCCCUGAACUGAAAGAGAGCGUCACCAUCACGCUCAUGGACGUGACCACGGUGGGACUUGAGGAUCUCCAGCAGGCUGCCGUCAUCGACCAGCAGCGGACACGCGCGCUCCUCUCCAUCUUACCCAACGGCUCUCCCUACGGCGUGAUUGGCUGGCACGUGGACUCGCAGUUUGCCCUGGUUCAAGAGCCGCAGAGGCAUGCAGUCAACGUGACUCUGUCCAUACUGAGAGAGCAGGGUUCCUCAGGUGACGUCGCAGUGUAUUACCAGACCAAACCAGCGCUGAACCAGCCUCCAUCCAACCAAGCCACAGCUGGACAGGACUACACAGACAAAGUUGACACCAUCAUCAUGGUCGCCGGUGCCACUGUGGGCCUCGUGACUGUUACUGUUCUGCCAGACAAUGUUCCCGAGCUGGCAGAGAGUUUCCUGGUCAACAUCACCCGUGUUGAGCUCGUUGGAGGUUCCACAGGAGCCGGACAUCCCACCAUCAAGAGGCCUGGCAUGGAGUUAGCUGAGGUGACUAUCCAGGAGAACGACGAGCCGCGAGGGAUUCUGCAGUUUAAUGUGUCCGAGGAUGUUACUGGGGGUGUUUUGGCUUAUGAGCUGCCUGCUCCUGACAAUGUCCGCCACCUGACUGUGGUGCGACUGGCUGGCACCAGCGGAAGAUUAAUCCUCUUCUGGGAUGCAGAGUCUGUCACCGCUGACGCUGGUGACUUCAGCCCCACGUCAGGAAAUGUAACGUUUCAAGACGGACAGAGGGAAGCCGUGAUUUCCAUCACCAUCACGGACGAUGAGGAGGUGGAACCUUCUGAAACAUUUAAAGUGAAUUUGGUGCGCGUGAUCGGUGGGGCAAGACUUGGAGAAAUGACCUCGCUUACGAUCGACAUUCCGCCGAAUGAUUCACCCCUGGGGCGUUUUGGAUUCCAAGAUCUGGAGGUGACUGUCAGCGAGCCAGAAUUCGUCGACGAUCCCGCCGCGGUCGCUAAACUCUCAGUGUGGAGAAGUGAAGGAGGAGAGGGGGCAGUGACGCUGAUGUGGCGGCUGCAGGGGGAAGCUGGCGAUGACCUUUCACCUCUCAAUGGAACGCUUGUCUUCACUGCGAGGGAAUCGAUGAAAACCUUUUUGAUACAAGCCCUUAAAGACGCCAUACUGGAAGGAGAUGAACACUUUUCCGUUGGUCUGUUUCCUGCCAGUGGGAGCGGUGCCGUGAUUGACCCCUUAAAUGGCGAGGCCACCAUCACGAUCCGGGCAGACAAAGCAGCUCUGGGAAUUGUUGGUGUCGCAGAGGCUUCAAGGAAUGUGGUUAUUGGGGAACCCCAGGGAGCUUAUGACGGCACAGCUGUCAUCAGUCUGGUCCGUGGUCCCGGUGUGUUUGGCGAGGUUCAGGUUCACUGGAACAUCACCCCAGCUAUAGUCACUGAGUUUCAGGAGGUGUCAGGCACCGUCACCAUGAGAGACCGACAGUCUGAAGCCUCAGUCUUGCUGAAGGCUGUUGAUGAUGAGGUCCCAGAAGAGCGACGUGAGUACCAGCUCACCCUCACGUCUCUCACUCCCGGACUGGAGAUUAGCCCCUUAGCCAAGAAUGCCAAAAUCACCAUGGCUGCCAGCGACUACCCCUAUGGCUCAUUCGCUUUCAUGCAGCCAGAGAUGAAGGUGUCGGAGAAGGCAGGAGUGGUCAAUGCCACAGUGGCCCGCUCUUCAGGCAGUUUGGGCAGCGUGUGGGUGACCUACCAGACCUCAGGGGUGACAGCGAUCGGUGGUGAGGACUUCUCUCCGGCAUCAGGCCGCCUGCUCUUCAAACCAGCCCAGACUUCACACCAAGUGUCAGUCCGGAUCAUUGAUGAUGAAAUCGCUGAGGGCCCAGAAAUGUUCUUCCUGAACAUCACUGCGGUGACUCUGAUGAACACCAGUGCUGUAGACUACACGUUGACGGAGUUCGGCCUCCAGCUGGACCAGCCUCCUGUCAUCGGCCACAUUUCCUUUUUUGCCGUCGAGAUCGAGAAGAAUGACAACAUUGAGGGCAUCCUGGAAUUCAGGAGUGACUACAUCAACAUCACUGUGGAAGAACAUACCGGCACUCUGUUCAUCCCUGUGGUCAGAAGAGUGGGUUCACAUGCAGCAGUCUCAGUUCAGUUUAUCACAAAUGGACUAAGUGCAACUUCAGGCGUGGAUUUCAUCCAGACCAACGGCUCGGUGAUUUUCUCACACGGCCAAAACAUUGCCUUCAUUAAUGUUACUAUUAUCGACGACAUGGACAGUGAAGAGGAAGAGGUUUUUGAAGUCCGACUGGUGGGUGCUGGAGGUGGGGCGGCGCUUGGCUCCCAGAGAGUCUGCAGGAUAACCAUCAGCAAGAGUGACUCUCUGGGAGGGAGGGUGCGAUUCCUCAAUGAGACGUCGAUCACUCUGCUCAACCCAAACUUCACUCAGAACCUCAACCUGGUCGUGGAAAGGGUUGGAGGCUCUGUGGGAAACGCAACGGUGUUCUGGAGCAUCCGUGGACCCAACAGCGGAGACCUGCUGCCUCCUGCCAAUUCAGACAUUCGGCCAGUAGACGGCUUCUUCUUGUUCAGCGACGGCGAAGAAGGUGCGCGGACUAUUGAGCUGCAGAUUCUGCCUCACGGUGACGUGGAGGUGGAGGAGACCUUCACGAUAGAGCUCCUCUCUGAAGACAUGGAUGUGGACCCACAUGGAGGCAGCAUCACUCUGACGGUUGAAAAGUUUGGGGAUCCGAAUGGAAUUGUCCAGUUCGCUGCCGAGUCUCUGCAGGAGCGCGUCUAUAAUGAAUCCACUGAAGAAGAGGGGCCUCUCAAUAUCACUCUGUCCAUCACUCGCAGGGAGGGAGUCACGGGUGACAUCCGGAUCCACUGGCAGAUCCGGAGUGAUGCGGACAUGUCAGGUGACUUCCAGGUCACGUCUGGAUCCGUGAGCAUCCUCGACGGCCAGAGAGAAGCAGAAAUAGUCCUCACGCUGAUGCCUGAUGACCUACCAGAGCUUGAAGAGCUCUACACUGUCCAGCUUACAUCUGUGGAAGGCGGCGCUACUCUGGAUGCAGAACGUAUUCACAGCAACAUCAGGGUGCGAGCUAAUGAUGAUCCUCAUGGCGUCUUCUCCUUGAGUCCAGAGAAUCAGUUCAUAACAGUAACAGGAUCAGGGUCGGAGGUCGGCCGAGUGCUAGUUUUGAACAUCACUCGGCUGGCGGGGCUGUUUGGCAACGCUAGCGUGGGCUACAAGGUCAGAGGUGCCGUCAACGAAGUGUUGAGUAUCGACAUGAUUCUGGGGGCGCAAGCUGAGGGGCGUCUGCUCAUGACAGAGGGGCAAACACAUGGUGCAGUCACCCUGCCCAUCACCAGUCAGUUCUUCUUGUCAGUGGACGAGACCUUCACAGCCGAGCUGACCGAUGUGAAACUAGUCGGGGUCGUGCUCGGCUCUCCACCUCGCCUCCGCCAAGAAACCAGUGUUGCUAUGGUGACUGUGCCUGAAGAAGCUGCAAGCUCCGAGGUUGGCUUCUCCUCACUGGCUCUGCGAGUGUCAAACGUAGCCACAGGAGAGUGCGAAGCCCGCAUCACACGCAGAGGACUCUUUGGUGAAGUCCGAGUCCAGUGGAAAGCAGGGUAUCCUCCAGGACAGUUGCCACCUGGCUUCAGACUUGGAUCUAUCACUCCAUCCUCUGGCUCGGUGGCGCUGACCCACGGUGAGAAGACCAAGACUGUAUCCCUCACUGCUGUUGAUGAUGGCUCAGGGCCGACUGCACACGCUCUGUAUCUGACCGAUGCGUCGUCUGCUGCUGCUGCUAAUGUCAAACUCAGGCCUGGAUUUACUCUGGCAGAAGUGGAACCCUUGGGAAUAUUCCAGUUUUCUGUGGAUUCCCGCCAACUGGUUAUAGCAGAGGACAUCCAGACCAUCACGCUUUACGUUCAAAAACUCUAUGGUUGUCGUGGAAACAGAACGGCCGUGUCCUACACGACGCUGCCAGGCAGUGCCGAAGCAGACAAGGACUUUAUCUCAGUGCCAAAGGGUCAAUUGUUGUUUGACUUGCCUCGCCAGACGAAUGCUUCACUCAACCUUUCAAUCCUGGAUGAUUCCGUAUCAGAGCCUGAUGAGAAUUUUCGUGUCAACCUGACUGAUGUCCAGCUGCUAAACCCCAGUCCAGCCUGGACUGACACGCUUCCCCGACUCAAUGCUCAGCACAGUUUGGCCAUUGUCACCAUCCUGGCGAGUGAUGUGACCGGUGGAGUGCUGAGCAUUGGACCGACUCUGGUCCAAGUCGCGGAGGACAAGGACGAUGAGACCCAACAAGAGAGAAAAGUACUGCUGAGGGUGCGCCGGUCAGACGACGGGGCAGGGGCUGUGCGGGUCCGAAUACGGGCUUAUGGAGACGGAAGCACUAAACCUUUUCCCUUCACUGUGGAUCCUGCUGGUUCCCUGGCGCAGGAGAAUCUGGACUUCCGAUUGGAGUCCACGGUCCUGACGUUGCAGGAGGGUCAGAAGGAGACAGAGGUUGUCCUGUUCGUCCUGGAUGACUCGGAGCCUGAAGGACAAGAGGUCUUCUACAUUUACCUGAGUGAUCCAGAGGGAGGGGCUCAGAUCACCGAUGGUCCAGACAAUGGCUUCGGUUCUUUUGUUCAGAUCACCAUUCUCGGUAGCGAUUUCCAUAAUGGGAUCAUUGGUUUCAGUUCCAGCUCUCUCAUGGGUCAAGUCCUGGAUGAGGAUUCAGAGAACAGAACCGCCGUGUUGCAUGUAGUGAGAGAGGAAAAUCGAGCCUUUGAGGACUUGCAGGUUUUCUGGAGAGCAACAUUCGACAAGUCGGCCCUAACCCUGGUGAAUGAUGGCAUUAACUUGGCUCAAGAGCUGGUGCAGACCUCAGGAAGUGCCCUGUGUCUCAAGGGAGAAACAGUGUGCGCUUUUGCCGUGCAAAUCCACGAUGACAAGAAGCCUGAGUACGAGUCCUGGUUCCUGGUGGAAAUUUACCAAGUUGGCACAGGGGGGCGCAUUAAUGAGACCGCCCGUUUUGCCAACAUCACUGUGGCAGAAAGUGACAGUCCUGAAGGAGUUGUGUUCUUUGCUGUGGGUCAUCGACUUCCUGUCGCCACCCUGAGAAGCACAAAACUCAGCCUUCAAAUUCACAGACAAGGAAGCACCGCUUUAGCCAUGUCUGUUGGUUACCGCACGCUGGAGCUUCCUGGCGUGGAGUCGUGGGGUCCGUCAGAAAUCUAUCCCGCCAAAGAAGGAAUGGACUUUCCUCGGCAGAAGGGCAGACUGAACUUCAAAGUGGGCCAGUGCAACACAACAUUGGACAUUGCCCUGACACCUGAUCUUGCUUCAUCCAUGCCCACACCUAAACGCUUUCAAGUGGAGCUGUACAACGCUUCAGGGGGAGCCAGGAUCCACCCAGCAUUUGGUGUUGCCAAAGUGACUCUGGUGUCCAAUGCGGCCAGCCAAGCGGUGUGGGUCGUAUUGGAGCAGCUGCAUCAACCUCUCACCACAGCAACAUUAAACCAGGUGCUACAAGGAUUGAUCGAUAAGGUCAAUAACCCUCUUAGUCGUGAGCAGAUGACUGCUGUGCUGGAAGGAUUGGGGAAGGUCCUGUCAGAGGCAGAGAAGGCGCCUUUACACGCCAGCAGCCGAAAUCUGACUUACGGCCUGCUCUGUGCCUUGGCCAACCCCAGCAGGCUGGACACACGGGGGUUGAGCCGUCUCGCGGAGGUGGCAGAGAGAUUCGCCUUCUCACUCCUCACCCUCAGCAGUUGUGAGAUCGGAGGAACGGUCAUGGACACGUGUCCACACCUGUCCAUCUCGUCCUUCCAGUGGUACCCCAGGCAGAUCAACGGACACAAGUUCAGAGGCCGAAACGGCGACUUCUUCCAGCUGCCUGACACUUUACUUGCCGAGGCCCCGACCUCGACCCCUGGCUGCAGAAACACCACCCGAAUUCAGCUGACUGAGUUCGGAAAUGAGAACUGGUUUCUGACCAAUGACACGAAGACGGCUCUUAGUGGGAAGGUACUCUCAGUCAGCCUGCAGGGCCGAGGGUCAGGGCCCCUUGCCGAGGGUCACGAGGUGGUUUACAGGAUUCAUUCGUCCGGUCAGCAAGUUAAGCGAGGACAAUCUAAGUGCCUUCUCUGGAAUGAAACCACUGCAAGCUGGUCAUCUGCUGGCCAGUACUGCAGGCUGCUGAAAGAAAGUGGGGACUAUGUGGAAUGUGCCUGCUCCCACUUGUCCAUCUACACAGCCUACGCUGACCUCACUACAACCACUUCUUACAACCAGGCCGUCUACGCCUCUGGAUUCAUCUGCAUUUCAGGCUUUGCAUUAGCCAUCAUAUCCCAUGUUUUCUGCUCCCGCUUCCCCAUGUUUGCUGCCAAAUUGCUAGUUCACAUGAUGCUGAGCUGCCUUGGGACACAGAUCUGCUUCCUGGUGUCAAUAUUCCGUGCCCGAGUAUUUUCUGAAGACAGUUGUGCUACUCUAGCGCUCUUCUCUCACUAUUUCCACCUCAGCCAGUUCUUUUGGAUGCUGAUACAGGCCGUGAACUUCUGGCAAGUGCUGGUGAUGAAUGACGAACACACAGAGCGGCGAUACUUGCUGUACUUCCUGCUGGGCUGGGGACUUCCUGCCUUGGUCAUCAUCAUCCUCGUCAUUGUGCUGCUCGGCGGCUUCGGCUGGACCAUACACGCCGUGUACGGACUUGUGCAAGGGGACGUGUGCUUCAUCCCAAACAUCUACGCUGCCCUGUGCACGGCCGUCCUGGUGCCGCUCAUCUGUCUGGUCACCGUGUUGGUGGUUUUCAUCCACGCCUACCAGGUCACGCACCAGUGGAAGGCUUACGAUGACAUAUACCGGGGUCGCACCAACAACACAGAGGUGCCGCUGAUUCUCGGUCUGUUCCUGCUCAUCUCCCUGGUCUGGUUGUGGGCGGGACUUCACAUGAGCUACAAGAGCAUGUGGAUGCUCAUCCUCUACAUCAUCUUCAACUGCCUGCUGGGGCUGUAUGUGUUUGCCAUCUACUUUGUCAUGCACAACCAGCUGUGUUGGCCGACCAAAGCCAGCUACACUGUGGAGAUGAGCGGCCCUGACAGCCCAGAGACUCCGUACCAGGGAGGGGGACCCACCACGGUGGGUGGAGACAUCAGCAAGUCCACCCAGAACCUGAUCAGCGCCAUGGAAGAGGUCUCGGCGGACUGGGAGCGAGCCUCGCUGCGGCCCGGCAGCCAGCCCAGCAGCAUCUUCAAGCCCAGUCCUCUGAUGGAGACGUACAGCACCGACGGGGGCUUCAUCAACACCAACCUGGUCACCGCAGACGACGAAUCGCAGGAGUUUGACGACCUCAUAUUCGCCUUAAAAACUGGGAGCGGUCUCAACAUCAGCGACAAUGAGUCCAUCCCCGGCAGCCAUGAUGGAGGAAGUGUCAAUAACUCCCAAAUAGUGGAGCUAAGAAGAAUCCCCAUCGCCGACACACACUUGUAACCACUGCACCUCAACCGACGGAAAAGUAUUUUUAUAAAAUCUUUGUUUUUCUUUUGCACUAAACCUUUUUUUAUACAUAGGAACAUUUGUAUGUAGAUGUUUGAUACCAUUUUUACUGUUUUAUAUAAAAUCAUAUAAAUGCUUUACUAAAUUAAUUUUUCUAAAAGGAGCCAUCUUCAAGUGUAUAUUUUGGGUUUUGUUUGGAUUGUGUAGGUGAGAGGCUCUUUUUUUAUCUCUGGUUGUUUAACGUUG